GGGCUGCACACGUGGGUGCGCCGGCGCCGAGCGGCGGCCGCGGAGCCAUGGGCAAGAGCCGGGCGCGGCGGUUCCGCAGAGCCCCCUUCUCCCCCGCCGGCCCCGAGCAGCGCCGCGACGGGGAGGGGGACCCCGAGGACGAGCCGGCCGCGGAGCUGCUGGAGAAGCUGCAGCACCCGAGUGCUGAAGUGAGAGAGUUUGCCUGUGCCAGUAUUUCCAAGCUGUUGCAGCAGCAGCACGUUAUCCCAGCCUUUCUGCAGAGAGAUGUCGUCCGGUGCUUAGGACCACUGCUGAUGGAUCACAGCUUAGCUGUUCGCGAGACGGCUGCCGGCGCUCUCCGAAAUCUGAGUGCUUGUGGAGGAUUUGAAGUCUGUGAUGACAUGGUGACGAAAGACAUCAUGACACCCCUUGUUGCGCUUCUGAAAGAGUGUAGCACUGGACUGGAUGCUAACCAGCUCUCUCCAAAGAAAUGCGGAGUGAUGAACAAAAAUUAUAUUGAAGACAUAGCCAAUGAGGCUAUCAACUUGCUGUGGAAUGUAUGUGAAUGCAACAAUACCGCGGUGUCCAUAUUCAAUAAAGAAGGAUGUCUGGAAGCUGUGUUACAUUGCAUGAAGAAAUUCUCCACAAAUGUGGAUCUGGCUAUUUCAGUAGCGAACUGCUUGCAGGCAGUGACGGAAGAUAACCCGGAUCUUCUUUCUUCAUUCAAUGCUUCUGCACAACGAGUCUUGGAAACGGUGCUGUUGUGUUCGGAGAGCACAAUGAAGCACGUCCUGCUGAGGACACUCAUAGCAGGCACUAUCUGGAAUAUCAAGGAUUCCAUUCCACCAGGCAGCCUGGGAAGCAUGGUUAAUGCAAUCCUGAAGAUAUUUUCAGAAGCAUUGGCAAUAGACGCUGGUGAAACAAUUAUUCAUAUGCAUGAAGCUGAAAAAAAAAGGUUAAAACUUGCUGUAGAGGCAGAAACUGAGGAAAACAUGAGUGACGUUAUAGACAACAGUGUUUUGAGCGAAGAUGAUAACAUGGAAGAAAUACCGAAAGGGAAAGUCGGAAGAGAAAACGAUGUUUCAGACCUACUUCCAUUUGAUAAGUGGGAACUGAAGGAGGUGACAGCCUUACUGAUGGCUCAGCAGACCGCUCUAGAAAUCAUUGUUAAUAUGUGCUGCACUGAAGAUCCCUCCGAUGAUGAAUGGGAAGAGCUCUCCAGCAGUGAUGAAAGCGACUUGUUUAUGGAAAACUCGUACAAUGAAGGGAGUGGGCUGCUAAUGUCACCCCUGUGCCUCUCUGAUGAGGUUAACUCGGCGUUUCUGAACAACCUCAUUCCAAAGAAGAUUCUUGAAAAAACUGCUUUUCCGAACAGUGUUGCUCUAGACAUCUGUAUGCACAAUCCGUCUUGGAAACCAUUAAUUAAAAAGCUGAACGCCGUGCAGUGUCGAGCUUUGACGUGUCUUCACAGCAUUUUGUUGGUGUCGGACGUGGAUUGUCUGGGAGGAGCUUCAGCACUUCAGUCCCUUGCACAGCAUCUCUCACAGCUAGUUUUUUCUAAAACGGAACUCCUUGCAGACACAGAAUUCCUGGAAGCCAUAACCAGCGCGCUGAGGGCUCUCCUACAAACAAUGGCAUCAAAGAACAUCUCCCAGUGCAUGACUCCCGAGCAGCUCUUGGCUUUAUGUGAGGCUGCUAUUCACAGCAGCAACGCCAGUGUUCGAGUGAACGUCGUGAGCAUCCUUGGAAUCUCUGGCAGCGUCCUGGCGAAAGGACAAGAUACAGCUGAAACACUAAAGAUGAUUGGAAAAUUUCUUCUUGAGGUCGCUAUGAAGGAAUCCUCUCUUGUCGUAGCAGGGGAAGCCUUGGAUGCACUUUUCGAUGUAUUUGCAGAUGGUAAAGAAGCAGAAAAGGCCGCGGUACAGAUCAAGUUGCUCCCAGCACUGAAGGAAUUCCAGCCAAUGUUCAAAAUGAGGAUGCGAAAAGAAGGCAAAGGACAAUAUAGUACAGAUCAACUGUGUGUGCUUGACAAUGUGAAGAUGAAUUUGAGAAGAUUCAUUGCAUAUCAGGAGACACUAGGGAAAACUCCAACUUGAAACAUCAAGGAACUUUACACUAAGGUUUCCCUUAUUGAAUAAUGUUUUCCAAAAAUAUAACCGUUUUGAACUUCGAAAAUGUAUUGAGCAGAGCAGUUUUGUUAAUACUGCAUUUUUUUUACAUGUAGUAUUUUUAUACUUCUGGGUUGAUGCAAUAUGAAACUCUCAUCAGUGUAAAAAAACACAGCAUACUUUGAAAUUCAGUGUUAGCGGUGAUAAGAAUGUGCUCUUGUGGUCCUGAGGUCUGUACACAGCACCACCGUCGUUGCUCAGAAACCCUCAUGCAUCCUGGCAGAAAACUGUAACUGCACCAAGAAGUAAUUUAGAGAAUAUUCUCGGUUAUGUGGCAGAUCAAGAGAAAAACUGUAAAAGCUCAAUAUGUUUUUCAGGGAAUUGAGCAGGGGCAGGAUGUUUGGAUUUGCUCUUACCUGUCUUUAGAAUUGCACGGGCACUUAUGGCAAGUUUCCCAAGAGGAGCGUGUGACGAACGUGUAGAUUACUGUCUGUUACUUCAUGAGCUUGAUCAAAGAGAAGCCUGUUUCAGAUUCAUUCAUGAUGAAUUCAGUGUGACAGCUUUUUGCUGUGGAAAUCAGUGUAAGAGGAUCCUACGCUUAUAUGCAGCUCCCUGGUUUUACUUUGUUUUGAUUGGUGUUUCUGCAAAUCAAGUCUCCCGAAUUACUUUCUUCCUUGUAAUUCUACAUCAGGAUGAAUUUGAAUUCAGGGAGGUGGUAAACUUAUUAAGUAUUUUUUAUAGCGAGGUGUUAUCUAAAGUAACUUUAUAAUUACUUAAAAUACCCUUUUUCAUAUAUUUGUGAUAGAGAUUUUUAAGCUGUAAAAUACAGAAAUUAUUUUCAAAAAAUGCCGCUGGUUCAUGAAGAUUGUAUGUGAACUUCCGUAUACCUAAAGCUUUGUUUCUGUUUCCGUGAACGAGAUCUUCUCACAUGCGUUUUUUAAGGGGAAAAAACCCACAACAAACCACCAAAGCAUUUUGUUAUGCUGUUUUUUGAAAUGGGACCUUUUUCUUCCCUUUUACCAUGCUGCCUUAGCACAGGCAUCUAGUUUUUGGCGAAAUUUUGCCCACGGUGUUAGGCGUGGAACUACAAAGCCCAGAUUUGCUCGGUUUGUUAGAUUUCAGUCUCUUAGGUUGGAGAGCAGGCUCAGGGACUGACCGGCUAACUUGCAAACGGCUGACUUUAUGAAAUCCUGACAGAGAAAGGGAAAAAGCGAGUUUAAGCAGCUCUACUGCCUGGAAGUCCUGUUAUUGCUGUUACUUGGCAGGAGCUGGAUGAAGUGUGUGCUGUGGUGCGACGCCUGCUGAUCAAACGAGUGAGUGUGGGACGGGGAGGGCUUGAGGCCAUUGAGCCUGGCCUAGAGAAGUCCAGGAGAAGUCCUGAGGAGCAGCUGGAAGGUUCUCCUGGGAUCUGGCAGCAAAGAGGGCUGGAGUGUCGCAGUUGAGGUGGAUUAUGGCAUCAGACUGCACCGUGCGUGGAUUUUAAUCCCAAUGUUAAUUACUCUUGCUGUGACUGCAGAUAGGAUAAUAUUAACCUGAUAAGAGAUGUUAGUAUUUGUAGCACUUAAAAAGACAUCCACGCACAAAGUUGGGCUCUCAUUUUCUGGGUGCCACAUAGAAUUGUAAGGUGAUCCAGGUUGGCGAGGAUCUCUGGAGGUCUCAGUCCAGUCCGCUGCUCACAGCAAGGCUUACCUGGGAGUCAGAUAGGUUGUGCUAGGCCUUGAGCAUGUCUGAGGAUGGAAACGCCACAGCUCUGGGCAGCCUUUUCCAGCGCUUGACUGCCCUGCUGUGAACACUUUUUUUUCUUUUUCCCCUUGUACCUACUAGGACUUCCCCCUGUUGCAAAAUGUGCCCCUUGUCCUUUGCACGCCACAAGAAGCAUCUGUCUCCGCCUCUUAUAACCCCCAUCUGGCAGCUGAAAAUAACAAUUAUAUUGCACUCCCGUCCGGGCUGAACCAACACAGCUCCCUCAGCCCGUCCUCCUGUGCUCCAGCCCUCUGACCAUCCGGGCGCCCUUCUGCUUUGCCUGCCCUGCUGCCUCUUAUACCGGGGGGCCCAAAACUGGACACAGUAUUCCAGAUGUGAUCUCACGAGUGCUGAACAGAGGGAAGGAAUUGGUUUUCUGCUAAUGCAGCCCGUUAUUUGUGAGCCUUCAUCACCACAGAGCUGCGCUGCCGACUCCUCCUCAGCUUAUCGUCCACCAGGACCCUUAGGUCCUUCUCUGCAAAACUGCUCUUUGGUCAUUCAGUCCAGAGCCUGCUCUGUUUUAUGGGGUUACUCUGUCCCGAACGUGGGACUUUGUAUUUGACAUCAUGUGUAGCAGUCAGAGUCUGGUUCCUGGGGGCUGGUAGAACAAUAAAGUAUGUUAUUUUUUGUUUA